AUGAGGGGACCAAUCUCCCGUAAUGUGGGCUCGGUGUGCACGGGUAUGAACUCGCCGUUCUCCCCCCUUGAAAUGCAAGCAAAAUGUUCUAACAUCACUCCCAAGCAGAACCUGCACCCGCGCGGUUUACAAUAUAUUGCCUACCAGAGUCAUGAGAAUCCCCUUUCCUCGCUCAUCUCUAUUCCUACAGACGGGUUAGCCUUUCAAAGCUACGUACAGUUUACCAAAGCUGUACGUAUCCGAACUUCUCUGAAAUGCCCUCCUUCUGUUCGACUCCUACACAGCGGACCAGAAGCUGUCGACCAUGUCUCGUCGUCGGUGGCUUCUCUCAAGGACAAUGACAGGAAUGACGAGGAUGACCCUGAUUCCCUCUCCACGACGCAGGAGGAGAAAGCUGUCAAGGCACGCAAAUCAUUUCGCGUCAGUAUUCCAAAGGUCAAUCUCGAAUCCGCUCUAGAGACAAUGAGACUGGCUCAUACACAUGGGCUCACGCUCGACGAAGUGACCCUUAAGCCUUCCCCAGACCAGACGGAUUCUCCGGUGCAAGUUACUCCGUUAAGGAAUGACAGGAGACUAGCUGCCAAAAUGAAAACUGACCUGGAGGUGUCAAGACGACAAGACAAGAUGAAGGAGACACUUCGCUUGAGACAGACUUUACCUCUGAUGGCGAAAGGGACGCAGCAGGCACUCCUGAAAUUGAUUGACGACAAUGAUGUGGUGGUUGUCCUGGCGAAAACUGGCUCGGGGAAGACUACGCAAGUCCCCCAGAUUAUCCUCGAUGACAAAAUAAUGUCUGCACAAGGUCCCUGUACAAAUAUUGUCUGCACCCAACCUCGCCGUAUUGCGGCAGCUUCUGUGGCGCAGAGGGUGGCCCACGAGCGCCAUGAUACCAUGAGAAACAGCGUUGGCUAUCACAUUCGCCACGACAACUGGUCACCGAGUCCGUUUGGUAGUAUAACCUAUUGCACCACAGGGAUCCUCCUCAAUCGACUCAUCGCGAACCCACAAGCAGCCUUGUCAUCUCAUUCGCACAUCAUUGUUGAUGAAGUCCACGAACGCGAUAUGCAGAUUGAUCUUGUUCUCUCGCUUCUGCGAAGGGCUAUCCGAGCGAGGAAGGCGGCACAGGAGAGCUUCCCCAAGGUUAUCCUGAUGAGUGCUACCAUUGACCCGACGACCUUUCUCGACUACUUCAAACAACCAGCAGAGGAUGGCACUGCCCUCAAUGUCGAUUGUCUCGAUGUGGAAGGAAGACGUGCGCAUGUCGAAACCCACUUUCUGCCUGAAAUCCUCUCGGAGUUGUCGCAAGGGGGUGACCUGCAUCCCUCGAUAAGCCAGUUGAUACAGGGUGGCCACCAUCAAUCCAGCGCACAACAUAUUGAACAAGAGAUGCAUUUUUCUGCCAGGCAAACCAAGCUGGCGUCGUCGUCUUCAAGUGACAACGCCGCGAAUCAGAAUGCGACGCUGACCAGUGCUGUCCAUGAAACCGACUCGGUUGAGCUGAUAGGCCCAAUGCGUGUCGGCCUAGCUGUCUCUGUCAUAGUCCAUAUCGCAAGGACCCAGCCGGAGGGCGAUAUACUGGUGUUCUUUCCCGGUUCGACGGACAUGGAAAAAGUUGAGCUUCUUUUGACCAGUGGUCGCUUCGCGUGUCUAGGAGUUGACUUCCAAGAUCCAAAGAAAUUCCGGCUGUUCAAACUUCACUCUCUGCGCCGGGAAACGAACGACCAAGUUUUUGAAGCUGUUCCUGAGGGCUGCCGGAGAAUCAUCCUGACGACGAACAUUGCCGAGACCUCCAUCACACUUCCAGACGUUGUUUAUGUCGUCGACACGGGCAAAGAGCGAAACAGUCUGUUUGACCCUUCGACGCUCGCGAGGAGCCUGCCUUAUGCAUGGAUCAGCAAGACCAGCUCAAUUCAAAGACGAGGGCGCGCUGGACGGGUUCGAAAUGGUCAUUACUAUGCUCUGUUUUCAAAGGAACGCCACGACUCACUCCGACCCAUGCAACGCCCGAAGCUCGAGCAGUCCGACCUCGCGGAACUGGUCUUGCAAUUGAAGGCUUUUCCCCAACACACCGAUGUUGAAAGUCUUCUCCUGGAAACAAUAGAUCCGCCCACAUCUGAUUCCGUUGCGAGCGCGGUGAGACAGUUGCAAAGUCUAGGCGCAUUGACUGAAAAAGGGGACAUUACAGACUUGGGAAGGUUAUUGUGGCGACUAGGGGUCCACCCAGCCCUGGGAAAAGGCAUUCUCUUGGGGUCACUGUUCGGAUGUCUGGAGCCCAUGCUGAUUAUUGCAUGUCACGACCCUGGCGCUCCUUUAGUGUCGACCCUCGAACUGAGCAUCGACAAACUGAGGGUCGUGAAACAGCGAUAUCUCCCGGAGCUCGAAAGUGACUUUGCUUGGAUCAUCGAGGCCUUCAAAGAGUACCAUGAAGCCAACCUGGCCGGCGAUGAAAACCUCAUGCAGGAAUUACGUGACACAAAAUAUAUUCGACACCGCGCCUAUCUGGAUAUGAUGAUGACCAGCAAAGGACUCCACGACGUCCUCGCCGAAGUUGGCUUUGUUCCACCUCCUCGACCCGACCAGACUCUUUUCGAGUCGCUUCCUGAGUCUUUGAACGCCCACAGUGACAAUAUGGUGCUUGUUAAAGCGCUGCUGGUUAACACGGUCAGUGCUGAACUCGCCGCCUGGCGAGGCGGCACCAGUUUCAAAGGCCGACAGUAUGGUUGGUCGACUGACAUUCGUGAUCUCAAAGGCAUGAUAUCGAAACACGGGGUGAAUGAAGGAAACACGCGGCGAGACCGACGGAAGAAGAAACGAUACCGCAGUCACGGUCGCCUGAUGGCAUACACAUGGAAACAGGGAGGGCUCGAUGGGCCUGAUGAUGUCGUAUGGCUUGAACAGGCCUCGAUGGUGACGCCGCUCAUGGCCAUCUUAUUCUGUCGGAGUCUCAAGCUGCAAGUCGACCAGGUGCUGGAGCUCAAUGAGUGGCUUCGGCUCCGUAUUGUAGCACCCGACGAUGUACCGCCCGAAAUAGCCGGUCAAGCGGCGGUCAUUCUGAUGGAACUGAGGAAAACGUUCGAUCGGUUUGUGAACAGCGCGUGGCUCGAGCUUGAGAGGCUGAAUCAGCCUCGACGGCCACGGCACUCUGCAGGCCAAGGACAAACUCCAGCACCAAGCGGGCUGGGUCUCGAGCUGAGAAAUGUCCUGGUCGAAGCAGUCGUGAAAAUGCUUGAUGCCGAUGAGGCGUAUUGGAAGGAGUGGCGUGCACGGCGCCGAGUGGAGAUUGCUUUGGACAUCGAACAGCAAAAGAAGGCGCAGGAAGAGGCAGAUGUUGAGGCCGCCGUCGUCGAGGACGAGGGACGAAAAGCAGAGCCACAGGAAGACGGCGGAGCUCUUGAGAUGGAGGAGAUAGACCCGGACGCUGAAGAAGAGGACGACAACAUUGAAUCGGGUGCUGAGGGCCACCGCGGGAAUUCUGCCCCUGACCAAGAAUACGAGAAGGCAUCGACUUGA